UUUUAUUAAAAUUAUGUUUUUGAAAGCUAGCAUAGAAAGGAUUUUAACUGAUGCUGGUACUAGACGAAAAGAAAAUGUUGAAUUGAGAAAAGCUUGUGAAGAGUCUCUCGAGCAACUUAAUGCAGAAUUACAGACUUUUGGACAGCAACAAACAGAAAAUGGAACGGGGCCGUCUUGUGCUAUUUUGCCCAAUGGAAAUAAUAUUUUUUUGGCUGACCGGUAUUUUCCUCCUUUUGAAUUGGCAUGCCAAAGUAAAUCCUCCAAAAUUGUUAUAAAUGCUUUGGAUUCACUUCAGAAAUUAAUUUCCUAUGGCCAUUUAAUUGGUAAUCAACCAGACAGUGAUAAUCCUGAACAAUUACUUAUUGAUAGAGUUGUUCAAGCUAUUUGUGCUCCAUUCCAAGGUCCCCACACUGACGACGCCGUUCAACUUCAAAUAAUUAAGGGAAUUCUUGCAUUAAUUCUCAACCAGACUUGUCGAAUCCACGAAAGUUCUUUAUUGCUUGCUGUGCGUACUUGCUUUAAUAUUUAUUUGGCUAGCAAAAGUCCAAUUAAUCAAUCAACUGCAAAGGGUAUUUUGACACAAACAAUUAAUUAUGUUUUUACAAAUAUGGAGAGAAAUGUUGUGGACACUGUUGUUAUUCCUUUUGAUGAAAAUUCGGUUGUAAAGGAUGUUCUCGAUUCUGUAGUUUAUCAAGUUAGUACAUCACUCGAUUCUUGUCAAUAUGAGAAUGGGGAACAGGAUUUAAAGUCAACAAAUAUCGAUUUUAACGAGCCUCUCAGUCCAAAUGAACAAAAUAUAAUUUUAAAUGGUUCGAUUCAUUCAUCUUCCCCAAGUUAUUAUUAUGGAAUGAAUGGGUCUAGUGAAAAUACUACAGAUUUAAAUGUUACAACAAAUGGGGGAACUCCUAGACAAUUACAACAACAAAAAUUAGAAUUUAAUUCAAUUGAAGAAAAAGAUGCUUUUUUAAUUUUUAGAGCACUUUGUAAACUUUCAAUGAAACAUUUGCCUGAUGAACAAGAUCCAAGAAGUCAUGAACUUCGUUCAAAAAUUCUUUCACUUGAAAUGAUUUUGCUUGUAAUGGAGCAUAUAAAUGGUCAACCAUUACCUGAUCACCACAGUUUUGUUUAUGCAAUUCGGCAUUUUUUGUGUGUCGCUUUAACACAAAAUGCUGUUUCUCCAACAAUUACAGUCUUCGAAAAAGCACUUUCAAUAAUUGUUCAAUUAAUAAAUAAAUGGAAAUCCCAUUUAAAAAAGCAAUUGGAAGUAUUUUUUAAAGAGAUUUUACUUUCAAUUCUUGAAAGUCCUUCAAGUUCGUUUGAACAUAAAUGGGCAGUUUUAAAUGCUUUGAGUAAAAUUUUUGACGACUCACAAAGUGUAGUGGAUAUUUAUGUUAAUUAUGAUUGUCAUAUGACUUCUGCUAAUAUUUUUGAAGAAUUGAUUUCUCAUUUGGCUAAAAUUGCUUCAAGCUAUUCUUCGGACCCUUCAUCUCCCACACAUGGUCAACAAAUUGCAAAAGAUCGUGAGAAACGGAUGCGUGAAUUGGCGUUGAAAUGUUUAGUUAAGGCUUUAAAAUGUCUGGUUGCCUGGUAUGAAGAUAUGGAAAUUGGGAAGGAAGUAUCUAUUCAAUAUCCAGCAGAAGAACAACAACAGCCUCUUCAACUUUUUAGUGAAGGAAACGCUGCUGAUGUUAAUCAAAUUGUUCAGGUCAAACAACAAAAAAGCCUUAUCGAAUCAGGCAUUGAUUUAUUCGCUAAAAAGCCAGCUCAAGGCCUCACAUUUUUACACUCAAAAGGCUUCAUUGGCACCGAACCAGAAGAUAUAGCAGCAUUUUUUCAUGCUGAGGAACGUUUGGAUAAGUCAGUUAUUGGCGAUUAUCUCGGUGAUGGAGAUUCUUUUAACCAAAAAGUUAUGUAUUCUUAUGUUGAUACUUUUGAUUUUUCUGGUGUUAAUAUUGUUCAAGCUUUGCGUACUUUGCUCAAUAAAUUUAGACUUCCCGGUGAGGCUCAAAAAAUUGAUAGAAUAAUGGAAAAAUUUGCUAGCAGAUAUUGUGAAUGUAACCCUCAAUUAAAAAUUUUCGCUUCUGCUGACACUGCCUAUGUUCUCAGCUAUUCAAUAAUUAUGCUCACUACAGAUUUACACAAUCCACAAGUAAAACGUAAAAUGCUUAAAGAAGAAUAUAUUCGAAUGAAUAGAGGAAUAAAUGGACAGGAUGACUUACCUGACGAAUUUUUAUCUAAAAUAUAUGAUGAUAUUUCUGCAAAUGAAAUAAAAACUAAACCGGGGAAUUUGAAAAGACCAAAACUUAACUCUGAAACAGCAACAAUUAGACAAAGAAAAAUGUUUCAAAAUUUGGAAUUGGAAUCUAUUUCUCAAGUAGCCCAUUCUCUUAUGGAGGCGGCGACAUUUACUCAUGUUGAAUUUACUACAGCCAAACAUUUUGAGCAAGUUCAGUUAAUGUUUGAGCUUAUUUGGUCUUUCUGUCUGGCCGCCUUCAGUAUUGGCCUCCAAUCUUCUGAAGACCCUGCAAUAUGGCGGUGUUGUCUUCAAGGAUUUUCUGAAGGUGUUCGAGUCGCUUGUCUUUUCAGACUAAAAGUGCAACGUGAGGCUUUCGUCCAAGCACUCACAAAAUUCACACUUUUGACUGCAAACAGCUCUCUCUCAGAAAUGCGACCAAAAAAUGUGGAAACAAUAAAGCUUUUAAUCCAAAUUGGUGUUGAGAAUGGAAAUUAUUUAGAGCAAUGCUGGUACGAUGUUCUAAAAUGUAUAAGUCAACUUGAACUUGUUCAAUCAAUCAGCACGGGCAACCAUGAAAAAUACCCUAUUCAAUGGCACAGAGACCCAAUCAAGCAUCCAAUAGUUUAUUUGGAAGAUCAAUUAAAUGACCAAAUUCAAAACUUCAUUUUCAUUAAAGACAAUGUAAAAAGCCUGUUCAAUAUUCGAGAAAAGUCCAUUCAUGCUGUUCAGAGUUGUUUAGAUGAAACUUCUUCUCAAGAUGUUGUUGUGGCAAUUGACAGAAUAUUCCAAGACUCUUCUAAAUUAACUGGAGAUGCAAUUAUUCAAUUUGUGCGUGCUCUCUGUCAAGUUUCACUCGAAGAAUUAUGUAGCCCUGGGGGUCCAAGCAUGUUUAUGUUACAAAAAAUUGUUGAAAUUUCCUUCUAUAAUAUGAACAGAAUUCGAAUAGAAUGGUCGAUGAUUUGGAACGUUUUGGGAGAACACUUUAAUUUGGCUGGAUGUUCUUCUAAUGGAAAUAUUUCACAUUUUGCAUUAGAAGCUCUUCGACAAUUGUCAAUGAAAUUUUUAGAGAAAGGGGAAUUACCAAACUUCCGUUUUCAAAAAGAAUUUUUACAUCCUUUUGAAGUAAUUAUGGAUCGAAACCGUUCUCUCGCCUGUCGUGAGAUGAUUGUUACUUGUGUCACCCAUAUGGUUCACUCUCACGCAGACAAAAUUCGUUCGGGUUGGAGAAAUAUUUUUUCUCUUUUCAGUAUGGCUGCAACUGAAAAAGAUGAACGAAUAGUCGAACAAGCUUUUACUACAACUGCAGAAAUUAUUGGUGAUGUUUUUCCCAAACAUUUUGCCGAAUUAUCUCCUGACUCUUUCCAUGACGCGAUCAAGUGUUUGUCAGGAUUUGCUUGCAAUCCAGCGUUUCCUGAUACCAGCAUGGAGUCUAUUCGAUUAAUUCGUCUAGCUGCUGCUCUAGUUGAUAAACACUCAGAUUUGAUAAAUGCAAAUUGGGGAAGCAAUAGUGGAAGGCCCGAAUCUUUUAAAGAUUUGUCAAGUACUGAGGGUCAUCCAAUUUGGAUCAAAGGAUGGCUUCCUAUAAUAUUUGAACUUUCCUGUAUUGUUAAUAGAUGCAAGCUAGACGUCCGUACUAGAAGUUUAACAGUUUUAUUUGAACUUGUAAAAUCUUAUGGUGCAAAAUUUGGAGAUGAUGCUUGGACUGACUUUUUCAAAAUAAUUUUUAGAAUUUUUGAUUUUGGAAAAAUUGAUGAACUUGGAAAUGAGAAAAAUGAAUGGAUGAUUACAACAUGUAAUCACGCACUCUACGCUAUUGUUGACGUAUUUUCUGAAUAUUAUAUAUCGUUGGGUCCUCUACUUUUACCAGAAAUUUAUAAACAAUUAUAUUGGUGUGUGGAACAGGGAAAUGAAUUACUUGCCCGAUCAGCUAUUAAUUGCCUCGAAAAUCUUGUAGUUUCAAAUGGAAAUAAAUUUAAUAAACAAAUGUGGGAUCAAACAACUGAACAAUUAAUUAGAAUAUUUGAUUGCUCUGUUGUUGAUGUAGAUUCAACUGAAUCUCUGACUAAUGCUCAUCCAGCAAAGUCGGCAAUGGCUUCUGCAACUAAUUCACCUUCUACAACACCAAAUGAUGAAGGUUGUGGCAGUUUUGAGGAUUGUGUUUUACUCUCAUCAAUAACCCGUUGUAUUAUUCAACUUGAGGUUGUAGAUGCAGUUUCUAACAUUCUUUUUGGUAGAAAUGCAUUCAAAGUAGAGCCACCAGCAAAAAGGCCUUCAAAUACUUUCACUAAUGAAAGGGGAGGAAAUGGAGGGGGAGAGGGCCGUUCAGAAGAUUCUUUUUCGAUUGGUGAAUUGCCGUCAAUGUUCCAAUACCUCUCUACAAAAAAUUUAAUGUGCCUUGCCGAUGCUUUAUUGAGAAGUCAUUCAAUGGCUCGUCGCCUUUCUUCAAAUACUACAGCUCAAAGAAAUUUACUUUGGAAAGCAACAUUUAAAGGACGAUCAAAGCCUAAUAUGCAAAAAUUGGAGGCACAUUCAAUUCAUUGUGCAUUAAAUAUUCUUUUCCAACUUUAUGCUCAAUCGUCAAAUGGAGAACCUGAAAUUGUUGAAAUGUUUAAAAAACAACUUCAAAAAACAGUAAAGUACGCUUUAGAAUAUUAUUUGACAUCCCAUUCAGACACUUUUCGUUCUUAUUGGUUAACAGUUGUACAAAUGAUUUUAAACAGAACUUGUGAUUUACCUAAUGAUCGGUUUGCUGAAUUGGGGGUUGAAUUUAGACUAUCUCUUACUUCAUUGAUUGAGUCUGAAGAACAACCAAUUAUUCGGAGUGCCUUACAUCGUGUUGUUCAACGAUUUAUUACUCAUGAACAUCCCAAUUCUUCAAUAAAUACAAUUUCUUAA